UAGCGAUUAAAUGUUUAUUUGCAUUGCCCCGCGUUUGAUAAUUACAAAUAGAUGCGUUAUUUUGAAAUGAUGAAAUGUGAUUGAUAAGUGUUUGUCCCCAAACAUACUUACAUAAUUAUGUAGUUAUGUAAAUUGAAUUUGAGGUGAAAGGACUUUUUUAACGGCAAAAUAAUAUAAUGGAUAAAACUGGCUACAAACAGACACAGAAGAUUUUUCUCUUUGUACUAUUAUUUGGUUUGCUAGGUGAAACUAGCCAAACGGAUAUCUGUUUGCGAGUUCCUGACGAAACCACUGACUGUUUGAUGUCAUCUGAGUAUCACCCAGUGCCCCAGAAUUCAGUGACACAAUCAUGUCUACAGCAACUUCUCUGGAACUAUUCCAGUGACCAAAACAUAUCUGCUUUAAACGCUGAUUACUUUAGAAAUAUAUCUCGUCGGUUGCUAGGCAACUCAUCGAAUGUUUCUACUGAUUUCCGGCAACGGCGAGAAUACCGACAACUGAAUGAUCUUCAGCGUGAGAAACUACAUAGGGCACUGCAAAUUUUAUAUGAUGAGGGUACUAUACAUCGGUAUGGCAAACUGUAUGGAUAUGUGUAUACCUCUGUCCGGAAUAGUCCAAAGUUCCUCGGCUUUCAACGAAUAUUUCUGUUAGCUUUCGAGGAAGAGCUUCGUAGAGUGGAUUCUGAAGUUAGUUUACCAUAUUGGGACUUUACAAUAGACGCCCAAAUGGACAACCCGAUUAAUUCUUUAUUAUGGUCCAGCAAGUACUUUGGUAACGGAAAUGGCCGAGUUAAGCUCGGAGAUUUUCGUGAUUGGCGGACACCAAAAGGGCCACUCCAACGACGGUAUGGCGAAAGUAAUUAUGGAAAAUUAAUGGAUCGCGAUGUAAUUAGAAACAUUGUUUCAAAGUGUAAAUCGCAGGACAUAAAUUAUCCUGUAAAAUCAGAAGAUGACGAAAAUUUUGUGCUGGAAUAUCAUCAUAAUGGGGUUUUAAAUUGGCUUGGAGGGUCUUCGGCUGAUGCCACAACGGUGGCAUAUGACCCAGUAUUCUACUUUGUGUCUGCAUUUACAGACUUUGUAUGGGAAGUUUUCCGGAAGAAACAGCAAGUCAGCUGUAAUAUUAAUCCCUCACUUGAUUAUCCUAACAAUACUACCAGCCAAGGUAAAGACUCUUCUGUCAAAAUGAUCGGGUUUUCGGAUUUGUCUUACAUUGAUGGAUAUUCAAACAAUUGGACACAGUUUUGGUAUAAUUAUACACUAGCCCAAAAUUGUCAAAACUGUAACUCGGAGUUCUUUUGGUGUGAUUCCUACAAACAACUCUGCGUAUCUCAUUCUAGAAGGACUGAUUACAACAUUCUUACAACCGUUAUUCUGACCAGUGAUUCUUUUGAACCAGAAACUGAAUAUGUUCCACGUAGAGUUGAAAUUUCUAUAUUUCCAUCACCUUUAAACGACGGGAGAACAAUGGCGUCUGCUAGACAGGACGCAAAAGCAUACGUCACUGAGAGACAGCGUUCUUUAAGUAGUAGACGGAGGAACAUGCUUGUUCUAAGUGCACUUGGACGAUUCUCUUUAUUAUCUGAUUCAUUAAGCAGAAAUGAUUAACUCUUACACAACCGAAACCGAAAGUUUUUUUUUAGCUUUUGCCAUCAGUAAAGAGCCAGACCAGCCUGCAUAUCCGUGAAGAUUGACCAGGCUCUUAUACUACUGGGUGCCUUACUUUAAACUUUUAGCUUGUCAUUGGAGAGUCCCAAAAAUGGAUGUUUGGCAAGUAAAUUGAAGAAAUUCAGUAUAUUUUUGGAUAAUGAUUUUCUAUUAGACAAAUAAAAUGUUAAUUAAACCAAUCAAUUUUACAGACUAUAAUGCCGUUGUUUAAAUGGACUCCACUGAUUUUUGUUUGACAUGAAGGUAUUUGAAAUAUUUUCCGAGAUGUGUGCAUUGUAACACCGCAAAACGUCCGUACCGCAAAUCGUACGCGUGUGGACGUUUUGCGGCGCAUAUCGUACACAUGUGGACGUUUUGCGUUGCAUAUCGUACUUGGUACGUUUUGCGGCGAGAGUGUGCCUUUGCGUCGCAUAUCGUCCAUAUUUUCUGUAUUAAAAUAUAUUCAUUAUAAACGUUACUUUUAUUGGUUCUGUCACUUUCAUAUUGUUUCAGGUAAAGAUAUUACAAAAUAAACAUUAAAGUGCAAUAUUUUUGUGAUCCUAUAUAAUUCUUACUUUUUUUUUAUUUAAAAAAAAUGAAAUAUGCUUAAGCCGAUGGUGUUUUUGAAUAGAUUUUUUUAUGGAAUGGAACCAAGCAGGAGCAGCAGAGAUAUAAAAACGAUGAUAUUGAAAUAAAUGUAAUCUUAUAUACAUACAGAAAAGGACGGCUACACGGACGGACGAACCGGGGAUUUGACUGAGUGAAUGACAAAACUAUUAAAAUUAAGCUUUGCUUUUGACAAUACCUUUUCAUAUAAUUGCAUCAAGAUGUGGAAAUGAUUUUUUGUGUUCUUGUUGACUAUGGAGGUUUGGUUCUACCGUUCAUUUUUACGGGGGAUGGAUGGGGGCUUUUGACAGCGUAGUCAUAUUUGAGCGAGAGAGCUAUAUUGUCACGGAGAUGGGGCCUUUAAGUCGCCUAGUCAUAAUUAAGCAAGAGCUCAAGCUAAAUUUUGACGGACAGACAGACAGACGCAUACUCAGGUGAGCUUAAAUUUACACACAAUAACACCUGAUAAUAACUGGUCAAAAUUAACGAAAAUUAUAUCAACUUUAAAAUAUGGACGUUAUGCGGCAGGACCAUGCCUUUUUGCCGCAAAAUGUACGUCACAAAAAUGUGGACGAUAUACGCCGCAAAACGUCCAUAAACGUACGUUUUGCGGUACGGACGUUUUGCGGUGUUACAGUGCAUCAUUUGAUUUUGUUCCGGACCAAUAAUCAUUUUUAUUGUGCAAAUUGACGGGAAAAUAUGAAAAACGUUGCAAAAUCGACAUAAGAAUCACACAAAAAUGAUAUUUAAUUGAAAUCUUAGCAUAUUUCUUUCUUAUCCUUUAAUUCCUUUGUUAUCUUUUGCUUUUUCAAGAAACAUUCUUUAAAAAUAUCCAAAUUUUAUAUUUCUAUUGCUUCUAUUAUAUUUGAAAUACUUGUGGAUAAUGUACCCAUUGUAGAUAAAUUCACUUUUCGGAAAUAAUAAAGGGACAUGUAAAAAUAAAAAACAAAAACAAAAAAACAGCUAGCCUAUCCCUAGUUAUGAAUAUUAACAAAAGAUGUGACGUACUUCUUUAAUGUUACAUUUCGUAUGACAUACAUGGCAUGGAAAUGGGAGCAAAGGUAACUCAUAAAAAGUACAUUGUUUUUAUAACGUGUAUUAAAAUUAAAGCAUUAAACUUUGAUAGUCGUUGCCGAUUGAUUUCUUCCAGCAUCACUUCACUUUGAAUUCAAAAUGUCAUUGCAUGAAUAAAUUUGACAUACAAUUGGCAUAUGUUAUACGAUGACUAUAAUAAUUAUUGUUAUAAUUAAUAAAGUACUCGUUAACUUAAACAAUGACUUGAUAUUCAGCGGGAGUUCACUCACCGUUGAUAGUAUUUUUAUUUCUACUUUUGACUUUAGUAACACCGAAUAACAUAUUAGUCUGAACGUCUAAACAAUAUUUUAUCUAUAAAUGAUCCAUCUACAUGAUAAAUUCAGAUUCACAGGAUUUGAUUUUUACAUUUCAAAUUGUGUUUUUAUGUGUAUUUAUCUAUGCAUAAUUCAUACAAUUGUUUCUUUAAGCGAAUCAUUGCCGGAAAGUUAAAUGUUCAAUGAAACAAUUGUGGUUUGUCUUAAAUUGUUUAUAAGGAAUUGAUAUUUAUGUAUAUUUAAUACAAUUGGUUCAUUGAACGAAUCAUUAAUCAUCACUGUAUAACUCGUGAUUUUAUCAGUUUUCUCAGAGAGGAUGCUGUAUUUCCAACAUUACCACAAAAUACAUACCGAAUUUUCUUUUUUUCGGCCGAAGGCCGGUCUAAAAUAAUUUUGACUUCCUGUAAAAUUUGCAGGGAAGAACUGAAUAUAAGAAGAGUUUUCACUGGUCAUUUUGAAAUCACAAAUAAAAUCUUGGAAUCUCAUUUGCCAAUCUAAAAUAAAAUGUAAAGGAUAGUUCUUGUCAGGAUAAUUUUUGCUACUAAAGAAAAAUGUGAAGGAUAGUUCUAAAAUAAAAUGUAUAAGAUAGUUCUUUAACUUUCUAGUUAAAUU